AUGGCGGGUGUCUUGAGCAAGCGCCAGCAGGCCCGUAACGAAAAAGUCCUCCACGAUCUGGUUCAGUCGGUUCCGGGAAACAACUUCUGUGCCGACUGUCAGGCACGAAACCCAGUUCGCAGCAUGGGCCUCAUGGAGUGUAAGCGCGACUGUCCCCUAUCCGUCCCACCCUAUCGAUCCGGCGUCGAAUCGAGUGGGAUACCGAAAUACACGAUCAAUACUGACAUGGGGAUACAGCUGGGUGUGUUUCUUUGCAUGAGAUGUGCCGCUAUCCAUCGAAAGUUGGGCACGCAUAUCUCCAAGGUGAAAUCCUUGAGCAUGGACAGCUGGUCCAACGAGCAAGUCGAGAACAUGAAAAAGGUCGGCAAUGUCAGGUCCAACCAGAUUUACAACCCAGACAACAAAAAACCACCCGUCCCCGUUGAUGCUGACGAAGCCGACUCCGCGAUGGAACGCUUUAUUCGCACGAAAUACGUCAACAACAACCCUGCCCCUGCGAGGAAACAACACUCGAGCCUCUCUGACGAGGGCGUCCCGCCACCGCUACCGCCCAAGUCGGGGGGCAAGUUCGGGUUCAGAUCUGCUUCGUCAAUCUUUCCCCUGUCGUCUCGCUUGAGAAAGGAUUCGUCAUUGCGCAACACCAUGCCGAGCCCCAGAAGCCCUUCGCCCAGCGACCUGCCAAACAAACCAUCCAAAGUGUUCGGCGCGAGUGUUUCCUACGAGCAGGAAGAUACAGAAAGAAAACUGGCGAACUUGCGGGACAUGGGGUUUUCUGACGGCCAGCGGAACGCGAUGGUGCUAAAGGGCGUCAGCGGGAACUUGGAGCGGGCCAUUGAGACCCUGGUGCGCUUGGGAGAAAGCGAUAGGUCGCCAUCACUGACUGGGCCUCGUGACAGCUCGCUGCGUGCGAGUCGCUCGCAUGCAAACCUGUCGACGUCCAGUGGUCUAUCUGCGCCACAGCAAACGUUCAGUGACCACCCCCAGUCCCCUUCGACCGCCUCCAGCAACAACCCGUUUGAUAUGCUGCCGCCGCAACCACAGUCUUCCCAAUCGACGGGCACGCUGCAGAACAAGAACCCAUACGCGAACAACCCCUUUGGAGCGCCGACGCAGCAGCAGCAAGACAUCAACCAGGCUUUCGGCAACAUGUCUCUGGCACCUGCUCAGCCCCUAUUCCCGCACCACACCGGGGGCCUCCCAGCUUCGCAGCCGUUCGCUCAACCUCAGCAGAUGUAUCAGCAGUCGAUGACGCCGCCGGUACCGCAGCAGCAACAAAAUCAUAACCCUGUGACCUUUAAUAGUAAUAUGACCUAUCCUCAACCAAUCCAGCCGCAGUCGACAGGCUACAACCCGUUCUUCACAAAUCAGACGCAGCCUCAGCAGCAACAGAACCUCGGGGUUAACACCGCCUCGGCACCAGGCCAUCCCCCUCACUAG